AUGCUGACCUUCAACCCCGGUCAGGGAAUCGUCAGCGCCGUCGUCUUCGAGCUGGGUGAUGAACAUCUAGGUGGAAUCCGCCGACCAGGCUCCAAAGAAAAAGAGAUCUUCUGCACCAAGCAAAACAUCCAAAACCAACUCUGCGACGAAUCCCAACUAGGCCAGUUCCUCAUCAGCGACAAAGCGACUCGUCUCGCAGGCCACCCCUUCAUCACUCGAGCCGUGAAUCUCACCUCGCCCAUAUCCAUUCAAUACCCUGUUCAAAAACCCGGGUUAUACUGCGCAGCGUUAUUUGGGUUCUCUGCGAAGACUUUCUCGGCGACACUGCAGGCAAUUGAACCGAACACCACCCUGCCUGCUUUUCGAGUUGGUUUACAGACUGUCUAUCGGUAUUUAGGCCCGGCUUGGAUCACAUUCACUGUUCUGUGGACUUUGCUUCGCACCGUGGAAGCCCGUUCGGCAGUUUGUUGGCUUCUGCCUCUGUCUGUCGUGCAAGUGGCAUUUCGAUGGGCUGGUCUGGGGUUGGGUGAACGGGCUCCUACCAUCUUGAUCAUCUCGUGGCAUGUCAUCGAGAUCUUACAAAACAGUAUCGUUCUGGUUCAUAGCCACGAUUCUUUGAACCGCCAAAGAUCUCGCCGGUCGUGGUUUGUGGGUAUCUUCCUCAUCCUUUAUCUGGUCCUGUCGACUGCCAUGGCCGUGGCCGACUACACGGCCACAGUCGAAAGUCCCAUACCGGCUUAUUGCAACAUCGUGCUUGGGAUCCUCCUAACCAUGUACAUUGCGGUCCAUAUCUUCUGGCUCUGGCGGGAAUCCCGUUCAGCUAGCCGAGAGAAACUCUGGGCCGUCUCAUACAAUGAAUUUCCUGUGCGCUUCGCAGUUAUUCUGGCGAUUUGUGGCAUUCUUUCUCUCACAACCGCAAUCUUGAACGCAUGCUACGUGGGCAAACGCCUCACCCCUCUCGAAUUCGCACAUGCAUGUUGGCAAAUCCGCUACCUCACCAUCGACGGACCAUUCGAAUUCAUCUUCCUAUUUUGGACACUCACCCUGGCACUCUACUGCGGUCACGAAUCCCAAGCCCGGUCUAUCACGAUUGAGCUGGAUGCGGUAUCCAAUGACAGUGACUCCACCGAGCCAUUGACCAGCGACAUGGACAAAUAA